AUGGGCAUUUCGCGUGGGAGCCGAAACAAGGCAAACUAUAUCAAGAGACCAGCAUACAGCUUGGACGAACAAGAUGACGAUGACAACACAACGCAACGCAACGAUCUGGGAUGGUCAUCGUUGAAUCGAGGUCGGGCAGAGCUGAUUCUUGGUAACAGAGCACGAAGGUCGAUCGCUGAAUGGCAGAAAAUCCUUGGAAAUGUGGAUGUGAUUCCAAACCCGCGCCAGAAGAGCGCGGCCAACGUUUGCCUUUAUUUCGAAAAGUAA